AUAUUUAUAUAUUUAGUAUAUUUGCAGUAUAUUUCUGAGGGUCGCUGCUGCUGGUCUCGCUCUCGCGUUAAAAACAUCAAUUAUCUUAGUUAGUUUAAGCCAUUAUCAAAGUGGCACAUAAAUCUUCAAUGAAAUCAAUAGUGGCAGCUCCAAACGCACCAAUCACCAGUUACCGAAAGCACGCCGCUGGCACCCGAGACGUGCUCCGCGACACCUGUGCCUGUACCUGUGUCCCCCGAUCCGGCCCCUCACUCCUGUGGCGCGAGGUAAAUGUUAUCAGUGAAGAGGCGCGCUAAAACGCCUACCACAGCAGAGGCAGAGGCAGCGCAGUAGCAGCAGCAGAGGCAGCACGAGUGGGCGCACACACAAAAGGCCACCCCACAGCGUUCAAGGACAUCGGAUCAGAGUGUGUAGUUGCAGCAGCGGAAGCAGCGCUAGCGGCAGCGACGUAACCGAGCAACGUGCGCUGAAUACCAAAAAGCAAUUUUGGGGCCAUGCCACAGCCAACGCCGAUUGACUGACGCAGCAGAACCCUUAUAAAAAAAAACAAGAAAAAAGACCAACGAACGACCAACAAACGUGAGCAAUACAAAAUCUAGUCAUUAGUUCUUAUGGAUGCUACCACAAGUUCAAAGUUCAGCGAUGUGGACGAGUAUGGCUUCAAACGUGGCCAAAACUUCGACUACAAUAACUAUUCCAAGUUCAUGGACGGCUACCUGAAGACGCUGACACGCCGUCGCAUGAAAUGGGAGGCCAUACUGCAGCAGAACCCAGAUCUCAGCCAGGUGGAUGCUAAACUGAAGCGUUAUAUUCGAAAGGGGAUACCGGGCCCCUACCGUCCCGAUGUUUGGAUGAAGAUAUCCGGCGCCGCAGCCGAACAAAAGCGGGCGCCCAAUCUGUACCGCAGUCUCUUGAACACCGAAACCUUUGACAAGGAAAUCAGCGAUUCCAUAUCAAUCGAUCUACCUCGUACGUUUCCCGACAAUAUCCACUUCGACACGAAGAAGCAGCGCCUGUACAACAUCCUUAUCGCCUAUGCCCACCACAAUCGAGAUGUGGGCUACUGCCAGGGCCUCAACUACAUAGCCGGGCUGCUGCUCAUCGUCACCGAGGACGAGGAGAAGUCCUUCUGGCUGCUCAAGCAUAUCGUGGAGAAUAUUGUGCCACAGUAUCACUCGCACAACAUGGCCAAUCUGCUAAGGGACCUCGCUGUCUUUCGCGAGCUGGUGAUUAGGCGCUUUCCCGCUGUCAAUCGGCAUGUGGACAAUUUGGGUCUUCCCUAUCCUGUUAUAGCCAGCAAGUGGUUCAUCUGCAUAUUUGCCGAGGUGCUGCCGGUGGAGACGGUGCUGCGCAUCUGGGAUUGUGUGUUUGCCGAAGGCUACAAGAUUGUUUUCCGUGCCGCUUUGGCCAUGUUUGUCACCCACAAGACCAGCAUACUGGCCUGCGACGAUAUUGCCGCCUUGGCCACACACUUUCGCGACAUCAUGAUCCAGGACAGCAUUGUGACGGACUGUCAUGGCUUCAUAGAGUCGAUGUUUGCAUUACGCUUGAAACGCAGCGAACUGGAGAGCCUGCGGAAGGUGGCAGUGCUGAAUCCUGCUUAAGAUUGAUAGCAGAGGAGUUACGACCAGCAGAUCAAAUAUUAGAUCAAACAAGCAACAAAACCAAAUACCAAAUUGGAGAAGCAAUCGAAAAAUUCAAUUAUUAGGAGCGUAGUCGUUUAAAUGUGUCAUUGGGUAUAGUACCAUAUAAUGUAGGUGUGCCUGUAUUAUCAUUGAAGCCAAAAAGCGAUUCGAGUAUUAGCCAACGAAAUCAAAUCAAAACAAAAAAACCCAUGUUACCAAAUCGGAACGAAAAACGCCAGCAGUAGGAGUAGUAGCCAAAAAACAAAGUCUCUAGAGUCUAGAUGAUAUCUUCCGCAUACAUGUGAACACCAAGUUAUAGCAUGUAUUACCAAAUUCACAAACGCGCAUUUCACACAACAAUCAAUCCAUCCAUCAAGCUUAUCCAACAUACGACAACAUUUUGUGUUCUUAGUUCUUUGUGUCUGUUGAUCAAAAGAGUAUUUAUUUUUGAGUACGAGUAUAUGUACGAUGGUUAGGAGGAGAGCUAUAUAUAAUAUGUAUAUGUCUAUGUCUA